GUGUCGGCCCUGCACUUUGGUCGUAUGAAACAGAGUGCAUACUGCCCUGGGUGCCUCAGUGCUGCUGCUGCUGAACCUCUCUGCCUCACUCAGUACAGGAACAGCAAGGUCCUUCGAGAGUGCUCGCUAAUCAGCACCUGUCCCUGUCUUAUUAUCUCGAGUUCCACUUUUAAUGACGAUGUAGAUGACUUUAUCACCAAGUCGGUCAUCCAGCAUAAAUUCACCCCAAGUGACUCACUGACUCAUAACCGCCGACCGUUUCCAUCCCUGGUCUGGUUUGGGUCUGGUCUGUCAGCCAUUCAUAAGAGAAGAAGUAACACUCCAGACUUCAGUAACACUUCAGCCUCCAGCACCACUACCACCUCAAGUAACACUCCAGACUUCAGUAACACUUCAGCCUCCAGCACCACUACCACCUCAAGUAACACUCCAGACUUCAGUAACACUUCAGCUCCGCACUUCAGUAACACUGCAGACUUUAGUAACACUUCAGCCUCCAGCACCACUACCACCUCAACCUUCACAAAUUGGCAUAGCUCAAACGACAUUACAACCUCUAGUAACUUCCAGAUGCCAAUAUCACUUCUACCUCAAGUAACAAUUAAACCAACAUUUAGUAACAACACACUGGUAACUAAUAAGAACCCAAGUAACAACACUAAUAACCUCCACCCCGCACAGUACAACCUCACGGCGGGUCACAUCCUCAAAACAAACCGAGACGUCGACUGCAUCCUCAAGUUAAG